AUGGCGGGGAAACAGCUGAAAGAGUUCCUGAAGCCGGACGACUCGUUGUGUUUCUACACCUCGCCAUAUUUGCGAGCUCGUCAGACACUUGAGGAACUUGUGGAGGCGAUUUCAGAUACAAAUAUUCCAUAUAAAACGUACGAGGAACCAAGGAUGCGAGAACAGGAUUUCGGCAAUUUCCAGGGUACCGGAGAGGAGAUGGAGCAGAUCUGGAUUGAAAGAGCACAGUACGGACAUUUCUUCUACCGCAUACCGUACGGGGAAAGCGCGGCAGACGUCUACGAUCGGUGUGCUUCAUUCAACGAGACGCUAUUUCGGCAAUUCAGCAAAGAGAGUUUCCCUUCUGUGCUGGUCCUGGUGACCCAUGGGAUAUGGGCACGUGUCUUUCUGACCAAGUGGUUCAGAUGGAGCGUAGAGAAGUUUGAGGACCUGCAAAACGUGCCUAAUUGUCGCUGGAUAGUGAUGGAAAAAGAUGAGAACACGCAGCGUUACGCCCUGCGCACACAUCUGAAUACAUGGUCAGAGCUUGAACAGACGAAAAGAGAGGAAGAAGUCAAAAGAGAUGCCGGGAGAGAGUUCACGUUCAACAGCACAGUGCCUCUCACGGACGAUGAGGUAAGACAGGUAGCCGACGCGGAGGCGCGAGCGAAAAACGAGCAGGUGCAGAAAUCGCUAAAAAUCAAGCGUCUGUUCGAUAAGUUGAAACAAGACUGUCAAGACGCGGACGACGACCACGAAGAUCAAAGUUGCAAAAAUAAAGUGUAA